AACCCUUCUGUCUGCAUAUCCGCUGAAAACCUGAGUGCGGGCGGUCAUUUCCAAUGCUACGCAGAAACAACAGACCGCCGUGCUACUCCUUCCUCGACGAGACGAUAGAAAGUCGGCAGGAUGAGACAGCUAUCCUGCGAAGUUUCAACAACCAAUUGAGACUUGUAAUCCGAGCUCGAAUAGCAGGAACUGUCGACAGAGCUCAUUGUAGACCAGAAGCAGGCAUCUACCUAGAAAAAGCGCUGUACUCGAAUGCCAGUCGAACUUUUCUCUGGAUGAGUCUCGUCUUGCAUCUUCUUGAGAAGACCUACUUCGCAUCACAGGAAGAAUUCGAGCGCAUCGUUGACGAGCUGCCACAAGAUCUAAAUGCGGCCUACGAACGCUUACUCCAAAGGAUUCCUGUCAAGGAACAGAAGAAUGCCUCCAAACUGCUGCACUUCAUCGUUGGGAGCUCGCGUCCCUUGACGCUAGACGAGAUGAGAGUUUUGUUUGCUCUAGACCGACAGACAACACUCGAGGCAUUGGAGAACGACAUGCAGCCAAACAUCCAGGAAAUCAUCGAAGGCACGCUUGGUCCUCUCAUUCAGAUUUGGGACUCACGGAUAUAUCUCGUACAUCCAUCACUCAAAAAGUUCCUGCUCAAUCUUUCAGAAGAGCCUGCAAAUCCGUUGUCGGCUUGUUUUGGUGUUUGUUCAGUACGGGCAAACUUAUUGCUUGCCGAGGCGUGCAUAUGCUAUCUUCUGUUGGAAGAUUUCUCUCAAGACUUAUAUUCAAUUCAAGAGAUAGAACCUGAGCUGUCCCCUGGGGUUCCCAGCGAGGGAAAUGAGUCCAAGGAUGUAGAAUCUUUGGAAGCCCUCUGGGAUUCGUUUCAUCUUAGUGAGGAGGGGUCUAAUAUGUUCCUUGAGCCUGCCGUUCUCGAAUUCAAGGCAUGCGGUCGCAUCGAGAAGCGAUACCCUUUCUUCAAUCACGCAGCCACUUACUGGCCAGAGCUCUUCGCUUUGGGCAUUGAGCUUGCCUCGCCGGAACUGAGAGCUGCUGGACGUUUACUAUCUGACGCGAGAGCCAAUCCUGGGCUCAACUGGUUUCGUCACUACUGGUCCAGAUCUAACAUGAAUAUCCCGUGCCCCAAAGAUUUCGGUCCAAUGGUUACUGCUUGCUACUUUGGUCACCAAGAAACGGUGGAAUACUGUUUGGAGAUGUCGGUAGCCUCAGACCCAGGUAUGUUGCAAGUUCAGGGUUUGUUUUGGGCAGCUCGAAAUGGACACGCACAUAUCGUCGGAAAGCUACUCAAAGAGAAUGUGAGCCCUGAUGUCAGGGUAGUUGAUGGGUGUACUGCCCUUAUUGUCGCAUCGCAAUUCGAUCGCAGAGAUGUUGUUCGCACUCUCCUUCGCGACGAGGGACUGAUAUCUGCUGAGGCUGGGUUCAGAGUCAAUCAUGAAUGGCACCGUGGUAGAACACCGCUAUCCAUUGCUGCCAGCAACGGAUUUCUGGGGAUUGUAAGGCAACUUCUCGACCACGAACACAUUUUGCCCGACCUCGCCGACUAUGAUCAACGGACGCCACUCUUUCAUUCAGUGUUUGGCAAGCAUCUGGAUAUCCUUCAGGCACUUUUGUCUGAUCCCCGUGUCUCGCCGAAUCAUGUAGACAGGACAGGACGAAAUGCUAUCUCAUGGGCCGCCUCAGAAGGACAUAUUGAUAUCGUCAGAUAUCUACUCAGUCUACAACACAUGAGCAUCGAACAGCGCGAUCGAGCUGGGCGGACUGCACUAUCUUGGGCCGCUGGAAGCGGUCAACUAAAAGUCACCAGUUUACUAAGACAUAGUAGCCGAUUUGAUAUCUCGAGCAGAGAUAACGACGGCCGGAACGCCUUGUCAUGGGCUUGUCAUGGACGCCACCACAAAGUUGUUAGGUACCUGAUCAAACACUGUCCUAUGGGAGUGGAUGCUGAAGAUGCAGAUGGCUGGACGCCACUAGCCUGGGCACUAUCUGGGAAUGCUCCAAAGACCGUACAGGCCUUACUCGCUUCAGGUCUCGUGGAUGUAGACAAAAAGGAUCGGAAUGGACGGAGUCCACUUUCUUUUGCUGCUGGGUACGGCUAUCUAGACGUUGUUAAGUUACUGCUAGAGGUCGAAGGGAUAGAGGUCAAUAGUAGGUCGAAUUCGGGCCAGACACCUAUUUCUGUAGCAGAGUCCUGUGGUCACACCGACGUGGUAAAGGCACUGCAAGGAGUUUUGAUGGAAUGA